UAGCCGGAUAUGGGGCGCCGCUGCCCGUAUCCAAGAUGGCGGCCCCGGGUGGGCGUAGCCAGUGAUGGCGUCUCCGAGUGUGCGAGCUAUGGCGGCUGCGAUGGAUCCGAGUUGGGAGGACGAGGAUGAGGAGGAGGAAGAGGAGAUAGAGGAGGCUGAGCAAUUUGUUCUGGUAGAGUUGUCAGGAAUUAUUGAUUCAGACUUUCUCUCCAAAUGUGAAAAUAAAUGCAAAAUUUUGGGAAUUGACACUGAGAGGCCCAUCCUGCAAGUAGACAGCUACGUAUUUGCUGGGGAGUAUGAAGAUACUCUUGGGACCUGUGUUAUAUUUGAAGAAGGUGUUGAACGUGUGGAGCCGGAAGGGACCGACAAGACAGUGCUCAAGUACAAAUGCCACACGAUGAAGAAGCUCAGCAUGACAAGGACGCUGCUGACAGAAAAGAAGGAAGGAGAAGAAAACAUAGAUGGCGUAGAGUGGCUGCAGAUGAAGGAUAACGAUUUCUCCUAUAGACCCAACAUGAUCUGCAGCUUUCUGCAUGAAAAUGAAGAUGAGGCUGUAGUGCCGGCCCCUGACAAACCUGUGGAGUUGGAAGACGAAGAGAUUCAGAUGGAAAGCAGCGCAGAGCAGACCCACGAGCAGGAGACAGGGCAGCACUCAGAAGCAGAGGACCCUGGCUCUCCUGGAGACACCCCUGCCGAGAUGGGAAGCUCUGUCUUCAUGGGAAUUCAAGAUGGAAAUGUUUCUCAGUCAUGAACUUUUUGAAAAGAGGUCUUAUAUACAAUAAUUGCCGUGUAGCUUGCAAAUGGCUUACCAUUUUGUUGUUACUGUUAACAGUAUAUAUAUAUUUACAGUUACAGUACAAUUUAAUAUACUAGAAUCAUGCAGGACCAGA